AUGGUUCUAAGGAUGGAGAAGGAACCAGAACUGGGAUCGGGGAACGGGAUCCGGAGUUCGCCCUUAGCACCGCCCACCCCCCGUGACCACGCCCACCGCCUGCGCCUGACCCCGCCCAUUCCCCUUUUAGCCCCGCCCACAGCGCCUCCGGCCAAUCGCCGCUCUUGGCCCGCCCCCUCGGGCCGCUCGCGCUCGGGGGUGGCGGCCGGAGCCGGAACUGCCGGCCCCCGGGGGUCCGGGACCCUCCCCAUGGCCAUGGCAGAUGCCGGGGGGGCCCUGGCACAGGCGCUGCUCUGUGUCCUCAGCCUGGGCUGUGCCCACCGAGCCAGACAGGUGACCCCCGGCCCCUCCGCCGGGUUCCUCCUCCAGGCCCUGGGUGCCGCCCUGGACGCCCUGGAGGCCGCCUGGCCCCGCGCUGACCCCUCGGUGCCCCCCUCGGUGCCCCCCUCCGACCCCCUGCCCGGCUCGUGGGUCUCCACCGUGCUGGCCCAGCCCAUGGUGGCCUUCGGCUUCCACCGGCUCAGCGGCGACCGGGCCACGGCCAACCUGCUGCUGGGCGCGGUGACGGCGGCGGCGGCGGCGGCGGCCGGGCUGGGCCACGAGGCCCGAGGGCUGGUGGCCCGCGGGGUGCUGGCGCUGACGGCGGGCUCGCUGCUGGCGCUGGCCGCGCUCACCGGCAACGCGCCCGCCGCGCUGGCCGCAGGGCUGGUGGGGCUGGGAGAGGCCGUGCCCACCCCGGGGAUGCCCUGGGUGAGGGGGGGCGGCCAGCCUGGCACUGCUGCGGGCACUGAGGGACCAGAGGGUGGGCAUGGGGGACCAGUGGGUGGGCAUGGGGGACCAGUGAUGGCACUGGGACUAGUGGGUGGGGAUGGGGGACCAGUGGGUGGGCAUGGGGGACCAGUGAUGCCACUGGGACCAGUGGGUGGGGAUGGGGGACCAGUGAUGGCACUGGGACCAGUGGGUGGGCAUGGGGGACCAGUGACACUGCUGGGGCCAGUGGGUGGGCAUGGGGGACCAGUGAUGGCACUGGGACCAGAGGGUGGGCAUGGGGGACCAGUGGGUGGGCAUGGGGGACCAGUGAUGGCACUGGGACCAGUGAUGGCACUGGGACCAGUGGGUGGGCAUGGGGGACCAGUGACAUCACUGGGACCAGUGGGUGGGGAUGGGGGACCAGUGAUGGCACUGGGACCAGUAUGGGGCCGUGGGGUGGGUGGGGGA